AUGCAGCAGUGUCAUGCCCAAUCCACAUUCAAACAAAUAGCCGACAACCUCAAGAGAUGCGCGGUCCUCAAGGAACUCGAAUCAUGGUACGCCCUCUUCCUCAAGAACAACACCGCCCAAGACUCCUUCUUGAUGAAUCAGUACAUCACCGCCUGCUCCGCCUUCCACGCCCUCGACUCGGCCGUCUUCGCCUUCUCUCGGAUGUUCCAACCCAACGCCUUCGCCUACAACGCCAUCAUCGGCACCUCCCUCACCUGCUCCCGCCCGCUCGACGCCCUCCGCCACUACAGGGUCAUGCUCAGACAAGGCGUUCCCCCAAGCAGCUAUACCUUCCCCGCCGUCAUCAAGAGUUGUCGGGUCUCUUCCUCCUUCGGGCUCGGCCGGUGCGUCCACAGUCAGUCUUUGAAGAACGGGCUGGGCCUGCGGAUCCACAUCCAGACCGCCUUCGUUGACUUGUACUCAGCCUCGGGCAGUAUUAUGGAUUCGCUGAAGAUGUUUGACGAAAUGUCCGAAAGAGAUGGAUUCGCGUGGUCGGCCAUGAUUUCUGCACACGUCCGUGCAGGCGACCUUGGAUCCGCGAGGAGACUGCUUGAAGUCAUGCCCGAGUUGCCGGGCACGGCUGCUGCUGCCUGGAACGUCGUGCUCCAUGGUUAUGCAGUUGCCGGGGACGUGGGGUCCGCAGAGGCCGUGUUCAGAGAGAUUAGCAACAAGGAUGUGAUAACCUGGACGACCAUGAUUGACUGCUACAGCAAAAGCGGGCUGCACGAAAGAGCCAUGAGCCUUUUUGACGAGAUGUGGAGUGCCGGGAUAAGGCCAGACGAGUCGACCAUGGCAACCAUCAUAUCCGCCUGUGCUCAUCUCGGGGCUUCACAGAGAGGGAUGGAGAUGCAUUUGUAUGCCGCCCGGGAAAAUUUGAAUUUCGACGUGUAUGUUGGGUCGGCAUUGAUUGACAUGUACUCCAAGUGCGGGAUGUUGGAGAGGGCGCUCGUCGUUUUUUUCAAAUUACAGGAAAAGAAUCUCUUUUGCUGGAGCUCGAUUAUCGAUGGCCUUGCUUUGCACGGGCACGCACUGGAGGCACUGUAUAUGUUUGAAAAGAUAGAGACGGAUAAAAUCGAGCUGAAUGGAGUCGUGUUCGUGAGUGUUCUUGCGGCCUGUGUGCACGCGGGUUUGGUUGAGGAAGGUAAGAGGAUAUUCCACCAGAUGACGAACGAAUAUUGCAUCCCUCCUGAAAUCGAGCAUUACGGGUGCAUGGUCGACCUUUUAUGCAGAGCUGGGUUACUUGAAGAGGCACUUGUCUUGAUACAAAGCAUGAGGAUGGAGCCGAAUUCCAUAAUUUGGGGUUCCUUGUUGGGUGGCUGCAAGAUUCACAAGAAUUUAGAUAUUGCACGAGUCGCCUUGGAGAGGUUGGUGAUUCUGGAGCCAUGUAACAGUGGUUAUUACAGCCUCUUGGUUAACAUGCAUGCCGAGGCUGGUAGAUGGGGUGAGGUGGCGAAGGUUCGGGCGACCAUCAGGGAACUUGGAGUGGAGAAGGUCUCACCCGGGUCGAGCUGGAUUGAGGUUGGAAGGGAAAUGCAUCAGUUUGCAGCUUGUGAUAAUUAUCACCCUGCAUUGGAACAGAUUUAUGUGGUCCUGGAUAUGUUAGAAUUGCAGCUUAAGCUCUUUGGCUAUGCACCUGAGUUUGAGUUUGUUCUGUAA